AUUUUUCUUUCCAAUAAUGACCCUAGUUGAUUCUUGUUAACCUAAAAUACAGCAGCAAAAACAGAGAAAUAUGAAAACGAAGAAAUGGCAGAGAUAGUUGAAUUGCAGAGAAAUUCAGCAAAUUGGAUUAAGGUAGUUGACGAUAUAGUGAGAAUAGAGAAGAAGAUUUUCCCCAAACAUGAAUCUUUAGCUCGAUCUUUUGAUGAAGAACUGAAAAAGAAGAAUUCUGGGUUACUCUACACUCAAUUGGGUGAAGAUAUUGUUGGUUAUGUUAUGUAUUCUUGGCCUUCUUCACUCUCUGCUUGCAUCACUAAAUUAGCAGUGAAAGAGAAUUACAGGGGACAAGGACAUGGAGAAAAAUUACUGAAGGCAGCAGUGCAGAAAUGCAGAACAAGAAACGUUCAUCGGAUAUCGCUUCAUGUAGAUCCUACAAGGACUGCAGCUAUGCAGCUAUACAAGAAACUCGGUUUCCAAGUGGAUACUCUUGUGGAGGGCUAUUACUCUUCAGAUAGAAAUGCCUAUAGAAUGUAUUUGGAUUUUGACAUGGAGUAAUUGCAAUAAUGAAAUAAAGAGAAAAUUUGAUCUUUCCA